CUUUGACAUUCAGCAACCUGUUAGUUCCCACACUAAUUUCUUGUCUGACUUUUAGAUUCUAAGAUGAUGUUUUUGGUUUGUCUCUGUUUAGUUUCCCUCGUUGCCUCUACACCAAUUGAACAAGUUAAAGGAAUCGACAAUUACUUUCCUACAUCCUUCGUACGAGCCGCAGGGAAUCAUGGUCAUACUCACGUGACCCCCACGGAUAAGUUUGUGGGUUUCUCUGCUGGUCUUACUCACAUGCUUACUACCAAUGACACAGACCUUAUUCCAUAUGACCGUGUAUUUUUGAAUAUCGGUAAUGGGUAUGAUUCCAGUACCGGAGUGUUUACCUGUCCAAACGCGGGUACAUAUACAUUCCUGGUCUAUGGAGUUUCUACCGCCACCAGCCAGCUUAACUUAGAUAUUUACCAAAACAACAAUUACACUGUCAGUGUUUUUGCCCACGUACGAAAUGGGUAUGCUUCUGGACACCAGACUAUAGUACUGCAGUUGGAUCAACAGGACACGGUUUUUGUCCAAGCCAGGGGUGUCAAUUCCAUGUUCGGACAGCAUAACGAAGUUUAUAGCACAUUUUCUGGUUUCAUGAUAGUUCCCGGUAUUGGUCGCACGGGUGUGGUCACACUUCCGCCGGUCUCGGGAAACAUCAUCGGAUGAUGUCAUAUACUUUGUG